CGUCCCAGCUGCAGCGCGUCCGCGGAUCCUGUAACUGGCGGCAAGGGUCCGAGGUACCCACGGGCCACCGUAGCUGGCAAGGUAAACAGAAUUCUGGGAAGUCUACUUCUGGUGUGUAGAACCCCUGGGCUCCUCUGACCCCACACCUCCUGCUCCCUGUUGCUGGCCACUUGCACUUUGAGCCUCACCUGGUUGCUUUUGUGUGGAUCGAGGCUUCCCCAUCUAUCGCAGCCAUGAACUUCCUCCGGAGGCGUCUGUCCGACAGCAGCUUUGUGGCCAACCUGCCCAAUGGCUACAUGCCGGACCUGCAGCGCCCUGAAAGCUCCAGUAGCUCCCCAGCAUCCCCGGCCACUGAGAGGAGGCACCCCCAGCCCCUGGCUGCCUCUUUCUCUUCUCCAGGAUCCAGCCUAUUCAGCUCCUUCUCCAGUGCCAUGAAACAGACCCCACAGGCCCCCUCGGGGUUAAUGGAACCACCAACUCCUGUCACACCCGUGGUUCAGAGACCCAGGAUCUUGUUGGUGAUCGAUGAUGCCCACACAGACUGGUCAAAGUAUUUCCAUGGGAAGAAAGUGAACGGCGACAUUGAGAUCCGAGUGGAGCAGGCAGAGUUCUCUGAGCUGAACCUGGCUGCUUAUGUUACCGGAGGCUGCAUGGUAGACAUGCAAGUUGUGAGAAAUGGCACCAAAGUUGUGAGGUCCUUCAAACCGGACUUCAUCCUGGUUCGACAGCAUGCCUACAGCAUGGCCCUGGCUGAGGACUACCGCAGCCUGGUCAUCGGCCUUCAGUAUGGAGGGCUUCCUGCUGUCAACUCUCUGUAUUCCGUAUACAACUUCUGCAGCAAGCCCUGGGUGUUCUCUCAGCUCAUUAAGAUCUUCCAUUCUUUGGGUCCUGAGAAGUUUCCACUCGUGGAGCAAACAUUUUUCCCCAACCACAAGCCAAUGCUCACAGCCCCACACUUCCCCGUGGUGAUCAAGCUGGGACAUGCCCAUGCUGGCAUGGGAAAGAUCAAAGUAGAAAACCAGCAUGACUACCAGGACAUCACGAGUGUGGUGGCCAUGGCCAAAACCUACGCCACCACUGAAGCUUUUAUCGACUCCAAGUAUGACAUCCGCAUACAGAAGAUUGGAUCCAACUACAAGGCAUACAUGAGAACCUCCAUCUCUGGAAACUGGAAGGCCAACACAGGUUCUGCCAUGCUGGAGCAGGUGGCCAUGACGGAGAGGUAUAGGCUAUGGGUGGACAGCUGCUCAGAGAUGUUCGGCGGCCUGGACAUCUGUGCUGUCAAGGCUGUGCACAGCAAGGAUGGGAGAGAUUACAUCAUCGAGGUCAUGGACAGUUCAAUGCCUCUGAUUGGAGAGCAUGUCGAAGAGGACAAGCAUUUAAUGGCCGACCUUGUUGUCUCCAAAAUGAGCCAACUCCUGGUGCCAGGGAGUGCGGUGCCCUCACCCCUGAGACCUUGGGGUCCACAGACUAAACUUGCAAAAUCUCCAGGGCAAGGCCAGCUGGGAUCUCAGCUAGGACAGCCCCAGCCAAGGCCGCCUCCCCAAGGGGGCGCUCGUCAAACUCAGUCUCCCCAGCCUCCCAGAUCUAGAAGUCCAUCCCAACAGAGGCUUUCCCCACAAGGCCAGCAGCCUGUGAGCCCUCAGUCAGGAUCUCCACAGCAGCAGAGGUCACCAGGCUCUCCACAGUUAUCCAGGGCAUCUGGUGGCACUUCUCCAAACCAGGCCUCCAAGCCAUAUCCCCGGCCACCUGUGCAGGGCCGCAGCACCUCCCAGCAGGGUGAAGAGCCCCAAAAGUCAGCACCACCUCACCCCCACCUCAACAAAUCUCAGUCCCUGACUAACAGCCUCAGUACGUCAGAUGCCUCCCAUCGAGGGACCCCAAGUGAAGACGAGGCCAAGGCUGAGACCAUCCGCAACCUGAGGAAGUCCUUUGCCAGCCUCUUCUCCGACUAGCCUCCUACUCGGGCUGGAGGGCAGGAAGGAAGGAAGACUCGCUGACUUGAGCCUUUCCCUGGCUCCUUCCUUCUCAGCCUCGGUUCCUGGUGGAAACAUGCUUCCUAGAUGCCUCUGACCCAGGAACUGAUGAUCUAUGUGCAUUCCCAUCUCCUUGACCAUGACAUUCCAAUGCCGCCUGACUGAGCAGUAGCCUUGAGAGCCCCCGUGGCUCCUCUGUGCAGGCGUUCUAGACAGAUAAGGCAUCACUACACCCACCAUAUGCUUGCUCCCCUGCCGAUGGUACCCUGUGAGAUAUCUGUGUGGCUCGGUUUUGCAUUCUUAUUAGUGUUUUGCUUGCCUUUGGGCAGAGGCCCCCUUUGAAGCCUUGACUUACCUCCAUCAAAUGCAGACAUUAUAGUCGGACCUCAGCAACACAAGAGGCAAUACUUUUCAAUGGUGUUUUUGCAGACAGAAAUAGGGAAGCCCAGCCUAGGAGCCUACUACAUACCCAGAGCAAGCUAGUGCCAUCCUUGCUGGGAGUAGGCUGACAAAGGCCCCAUCGCAGCUGGACCUCCUAGGGAUCUUGAUGCCAAAAGAAAGAAGCUAGACCCUAUGCAACAAGUGGAGCCUUUCAGAACAGAGUAGAGGGAACCCCACAUAAUGCUACCCAGGCUUAGAGCCAACAGCAGGAAUCCAGAGGAGAAGAGCCUGUGCCCCCUGCGGAGAAGGUCAUUGGACUGUGCCUCUUUGACCUCACACAGAAUUUGCUUUUUCCUCCUUAAGGUUAAAUGAGAACCCAGAGAGAGUGGGUAGCUCCCUGUUGCAUGAGAAAACAUAGUGAUGUGUUCUAUAUGGUUCAGCAUUCUACCUGCCCUGAACAAGGUGUCAAUAAUGUAAAUAAUGUAAAUGCCACCGCGUUUACAAAAGGUCUGGUGGGACAACCUUCAGAAACAAUGUGUGUGUUUCUCUUUGUGGAACACAGGACACAGGACACAGAUUGAAGCCUUUUAGAAUUUCUUCCAGAAAAAGUUCCACUCCAACCUUGUCUCAGCCAUUAUGACUCAGACGGUUGGCUGCAGAACUAAGCAAAGUGGUCCUGACUCCCCUUCCAAUGUGCGUAUGCUUGCUCCCUCCCCUGCACCAGACUGCUCCCGGAUCGGAUCGUAUCACCAAGCACCUGGUGCUAGAAACGCCAGAAGCAGCUUCCUGAUCCCGAGUCGACCCAGGAUAUCAGAACAUAGCCAUGCGUAUCUGCACAGUGCCCUCAGCCACCUGAGGUGUGCCUUCCCUGCACGGUGCAAGGGAGGGAAGGGUUAUUAACUGAAGCAGUUUCUGGUUAUGCUCAAGUUCUGUGUAGCCUUGGUGAUGGAUCAUCUAAAGUUUUUCUGGGUCUCCAGGAACACAGAAGCAGCCACCGUGGUUUCUGAGAGUUAUCUGCUUGUUUUCUUGGAACAGAGUUUCAUUCAGCAACUCAGGUUGAAUGUAGCCCAAGCACGUCUCAAAAUCAUGAUGAUUCUCCUGCUUUUUCAGCCUCCCAAAUGCUGAGAUUUUCUGAAUGAACCACCACACCCAGCAAGCGUUCAACAUUUUCUUUAGUCCUCCCAGCCCAGACUGGAGUAGCAAAGACAAGGGUAGAGGCCCUCUCCUGCCUUGGCUCACUUAGAACCCUGCACUUCUGCAGAAUUGCGCCUUCGAGCUGGUUUCCAGAAGGGAUCAGCUCAGCAUCAAAAGUGGCAGCUUUGGCCCUGGCUGCAGAGAUCCAUUUGGCCCUCAGGGUCAUCCUCUUCCUCCUUGUCUUCUCCCUCCGUCAUGAUCAAAUCAGUAUCAAGAGCAAGCACGCUGGUUGUUUCAGAAGCUCUCCUUGGCGUCUUUCCAUAGAGGAAUAAACAGCAGAUGUGAGUCUACACCGUGAAGGUCCAGUGACCACUGAGACCUUAGUUUGGAGCUGCAGACUGCAGGGCUUCGCCCAGUUAGAACUGACUAGACUCGGGAGCAAAUACACUGUAGUGUGAAGUGAGGCACGGACGGCUGAAGGUCUGCACUUCCCAGUACCAACCAAGCCCAACCUCUUUUAUUCCUAAGUUCCAGUGAGUUCAGUGUGCAGGACGGUCCCUGGGGCUUGCCUACAUCCACCCAGCCCACAUCACCCUCAUUUUGCUCAACUGCUCUUCGAUCACAGAAUGAGGCUGGCAAAAGCAUCCAGAAUGCUUCUCGAGGAUAAUGGGAAUGACCCGGAACGUGGAAAGGCAGUUGGUACAACAGUCAGCAGAUUCUCCUGUCCCCCCACCCACUCCCUGAUGAGGGAAGAGGAGGUCUUGAGGCCAGCACCCCCAGCCAUGAUUUAGGUAGGUUAUCCAAAGGAAGAAAAAAAGGUCAGUCAACGAAUCCACAGAAUAUUGCUGCUGCUUCCCGCUCCUCCUCUGUUCUGACUUAGCUCUAGUACCUUUCUCUAGAACCUCUAGGAAAACCUGUGAGGUAGAAAGAUAGGGGUAAGACUAGGAAUGUCAAAGAUAGUCUGUUAAAGUGAGUUCUAGAGAAGACGAUGCAUGUUGGCUUUCUGAUUGUCUACCCCAGGAGAUGUGAGUGCCCUUUUCAGGUCCCCCAGCACCCUCCUCCCUUUUCUCUCUCUCUCUCUCUCUCUCUC